AUGCCGAUCAUGUCCUUAAGACAUGUAUCGCCAAGAGCUAAACAUCAUCACCAACAACAACAACCAAAUAGUAUUUCAUCCGAAAGAGACUACAAUUAUCAUAUUAAACAUUCUUAUGACAAACAGAACACUACUAAUUAUUAUCUAAUUGAUAAACCGUAUAAAAAUUACAAAUCCAAGUAUAAUAAUGUGUUCCUGUCACAAAGUAAAUUAUACGAUACAUCAAAUGUUUUAAUUGAUCGGAAAAAUCCUGUCAUUUUAAAACAGUAUCCAUCUAAAAUUGAUAAACUUUUAUCUCAUAAUACUACUACUAAUAAUAAUAGUAACAGUAGUCAUGUUUCACUGGAUAAUUAUUCCACUUAUUCCAUUCCUUCGAAAUUACGUUCAAUGUACAAUUAUGGUGCGAAUAUUUCAACGGUCAGUACGAAUAGUAAUCAUUUAACUAAAGAAUUAUUUGAUAAUUCUAAUAUAAAAAAUCGACAUUCUAAAUCAAUUCAUUGUCAAUCACCUAUAAUCCAUGCUCGGAAUAGUAUACAUAAUAUUACCAAUAAUAGUAAUAAUAAUAAUCAAACUCGUUUAUUAAAUGAUGGAUUUAAUUUAUUUAAACAAACUCAAAAUGCCAAAAAAUACUCGAAAAAUUUUCGUCAAUGUUCAAUCAACAAUUCAUAUGAUGAUGUAAUUAAUUUAAAUAAAUUAACUGAUUCCAAUCAGUAUUUAUCAUCGGUAAGUUAA